CGGCCGAGGCGCGGCGGUUGCAAGUCUCCGUUGGGGGAAAUUGACAAGCGCGGCGGCUAUGGAGAAAGCGAUGGCGGAGCGCGGUCGGGAUCAAGGCGAGACGGCCUCCGGCGUCACCCUCAUCGUCAAGAGCCCCGCGCAGCGCCACCCGGACCUGCUUCUGCCCGCUCAGCGCUCCUGGAGCGUCCGGCGCCUUAAGGCGGAGCUCCGACGCCUCCAUCCGGACGCGCCGCCGGAAGACUCUCAGCGGCUGAUUUAUUCUGGGAAACUGUUGCCUGACCAUCUCUGCUUGCAAGAGGCGCUUGUCAAGCAUGAGACGGUGCACGCUGUCCACUUGGUGUGCAACUCCAAGAAUGUGCCAUGUGUACAAGAAACUGAUGGGAAGGUCGCUGAGGCCAAGAAAGAGUCAGCAACCAACAGCCAAGGUUCUCCUGUACUUUCCUCAGCCCACAAUGGGAUCCAAAGGAACACUUCUUGCAACCAGCCUUCUACAGCAGGGGAUGCUGAUAGUAGGCCUCAUCCCUUUCAAGGCAUGAAUCCUGGCUACCAUUCGUACACCAUGUACCACAUGCUGCAGUUCUGGUCCCAACAGGUUUAUGCAAGGCAGUACUACAUGCAAUACGUAGCUGCCAAUGCUGGUUUGAGUGAAAUACCUCCUACACAAAGUACUCAGGAAAUCCCAGUGGCCCCCGUUGCUGCUCCCGCUCCUCUCCCUGGUGCUUUUCCUGCCGAAAACCAGCCUGCCAAUCAGAACGCCCCCCCUCAGGUGAACCCUGGAGUCAACCAAAAUCUACGAAUGAACGCACAGGGAGGUCCUCUGAUGGAAGAGGAUGAAGAAGGCAACCGUGACUGGCUGGACUACCUGUAUUCAGCAACGCUGUUUUAUGUGUUUGUCAACAUUGUUUACUUCUACUCCAGCAUGAGCAGGCUUCUCAUGGUGAUGGUGGGCACUCUUCUGAUGUACUUGCACCGGAUUGGAUGGUUCUCUUUUAGGCGGAGGCCUGCUCAGAACAAUAUUCUCCCGCAAGCAGCUCUUAAUCAAGACCAAAACAAUAACUUACAGCAGGAAGAAAAUGUUGACGGGCGAGGUGAAAUGGAGGGUCCUGAAGUUGUACCAGAGAGUGAACCACCAGCGCCUUCAUUUAUGAGCACAUCCUGGCUGUUCUUCAAGUCUUUCUUUGCAUCUCUCUUACCAGAGGGGCCUCCAGCUGUGGUCAACUAAAUGGCUGCCUCUUACCUAUACAGUAUCCUGUUACUUCCACUGCCUGCUCUGCUGGAACAAGAUAGAAUGCCAACGUGGACAUGUCAAUGGCCAGCUGUCAGAUAAAAGACAGUCAUCUCUGUGUAUUGACCAGCUGAAGUGCAACUGUCUGUGUACUCUAAACAAUGAUGCUAUUCCAGAGGAUCGGGGAAUUUGUAUGGUAAGACACUGAAAACAGAGGGCCUGCAGCAUUACAGUACUUCAUGUAAGUAAGCCUGUUAGUGGGCAGAGAGAUGAAGAGAAUUUGAUUCCUUUUGGAAUGUGUUUGUUCUUUACAUUACACUAAGUGUAAUAUCCUUUGCAACCCGUGAAUUGCUUGGUAUGUAUUAUAACAAUUUUACAGAGAAAAUUUAUGCUAGAAAUGAAAAAAAAAAGACAGCACUUAUCCCGAAGCAGUAGAUUUACUCCUAUAGCUCCGUUCUGCCAUGCCUUCCUAUGACAAAAAGUCUUUCUGCAUCAGAAAGCUGUUCUCCAUCAAAAUACAGCUUAGUGGAAGGGAUUCAUAGGCUCCAAUUUUGCAGAAGGAAGUUGUAAUAGUCCAGUGCAAUCAAUAUUCUUGUGUAAAUAGUUUCCUGCAAAAGUUACCAAUUGGCUAAGAUAAAAGGUUGAGCUGGGAGCUGGUUUCAUAUCAAGAUGAAUUUUUCCUGCUGUUUACAUUGCAGUGAAAAUGUGAUGUGAGCGUUCUUAGUGGCUGUGACCUUUUGAGAUUCUGUAUUAUAUCUAGUAAAGAAAACAGCCAGAGCAUUUUCUGGCACAUUACAAACUCAGCUGUCUGAACUGGAGGUUUGCGAAGAAUCUUGUGAAGCAUGGCUGGUUCCCCUUCAGUGGUUGGCCUUUUAGUUGAAUCUCCACCUGUAAACCAUUUCUAAAUGGUUUUUGGGCAUCCCAUUCAAGAAGAUGCUUUUGAAACCCUCCUGAUUAAAAUAUUUUCAUCAAUAACUAAUAGUGUUUUGUCCCAACUGUAAUUAAACUAGACUUAUUUGUGCAGUGGGUGAUCAGAUGCUGAAAUGCCAUGUGCACACCUUGAAACGCUGUGCUUCACUUCUCAGUGCAAGCUGCUUAACAGUGGCACUUGCCCAGUGCCUUUGGGCUCUGCGUGAACACUUUGGUGUUCCAUUCUUUAUCUUUUUGAGGCAUUCUGAAUUCUGACGCUUCUGUGCUGGUUGCCUCUUCAGUCUGUGCCUCCUUUCAGAACUCCAUGAGUUUGCAAUGUGAACCUUUCAGAUCAGGGAUGAAGGUAUCCCAGGUUGUCUACAUCAGGGGUGUCCAACUCUGGCCCUCCAGAUGUUCAUGGGCUAUAAUUCCCUACAUUAUUCUGGCAGGGGCUAAUGGGAAUCGUAGUCCAUGUCCACCUAGAAGGCUAGAGUCGGACACCCUUGGUCCUCAAGAAGAAUCAUUUUCUUGUGUACAUAGUCUGGCUUUUGGGUGAAGCUGAAAUUCAGUUUUUCACUGUUGCUGCUUGUAAAUGGUAAGCAUCAUGUAUAUUGUAUAUUCCAAACUUCUAUAUAGUUGACUACAUAACUUCUCUUUUUCUUUUCCCGUGUGUUAUCUAUUAAACAAAGUUUAAUAGCU